CCACCAAUCACCUAACUUCCAAGCAGAAAAAAAAAAAUUUGCGCCUCUCUCCAACACAACAUUUCUUCUUUUCUUUGAGCGGUUUUUGAUUAAAACGUCAAUACGAGUGCUUGAAAUUGAUUUUUCACGGAUAAAGAUAGGUGUGGAAGAGAGAUGGAUUUUGCUUGUAGUUUCAAGUAUCCUAAUAGCUUUCAUGGUGGUGAAACUACUCGUUGUAGAAUACUGUAUCCGUUAAGCCGUAGGUUUAGAUGUAAGAAUUUCAGUUACAAUGUUUUUGAUUCCGAGAUUGGAAUCAAAACUUGGUACUUGAAUAAAAUGAAGAAUAGUCUGGUGUAUAGUGGCUGUUUAAGUUCCAAUUUGGUUUUCAGAGGGAAAUUCGAUAGUCAUUUGUGUAGCGUUUUUUCAAAUACAUCGUUUUGUGGUUUACAAGAUGUCUUGAAAGUAAGAGGAUUUAGGUCACGUUGUCAAGGUAAUGAUUCUUUGGCAUAUGCUGAUGGGACUGGUACUGUCUCAAAUGGUUUGGGAAAAGAAGAAAGAAAUGAAAGAGAUGAAGUGGAAACACCAACUGUCAAUGAUUUGAGGGAAUUGUUGCAGAAGGCAAUGAAGAAAUUGGAAGUUGCACGUCUUAAUAGUAAGAUGUUUGAGGAAAAGGCACAAAGAAUAUCAGAAGCAGCGAUAUUCUUGAAGGAGGAAGCAGCUAAUGUUCGGAUUGAUGUUAGUAGAACACUUGAUAUGAUUCAAGACAUUGUGAAAGAAGAGUGUGUUGCUAAAGAGGCUGUUCAAAAGGCAAUGAUGGCACUAUCUUUAGCCGAGGCAAGGCUUCAGGUGACAGUAGAUUCAUUUGAGUCUCAUAAGGAGGUAAAUAACCCCCUAGAAAGAUCUGGGGAGAGCUAUGUUGAAACUGAUGUCACAGGAGAUAAUGGAGCACUAUUGGCUGCACAAGAUGAGAUUAGAGAAUGUCAGGAGAAGUUGGCAAAAAGUGAAGCAGAGUUAAGACACUUGCAGAGUAAAAAGGAAGAGUUGCAGAAAGAAGUGGACAGAUUGAAUGAGGCUGCAGAGGAAGCAGAUAUGGAUGCCUUGAAAGCCGAGGAAGACGUGUCAAACAUCAUGCUUUUAGCGGAGCAAGCUGUUGCUUUUGAAUUGGAGGCUGCACAGCAUGUGAAUGAUGCUGAGAUAUCCCUACAAAGAGUAGAGAAGUCUCUUUCUGUUUUGACUGGAGAAGCUCUCCAGGGGCAGAUUUUGGGUGAAAAGGCUAUUGUAGAGGAGGGGGAGACCACUCAAGGUGCUUCCGAUGCUGUUAUUAUUAAAAGAGAAGAGGAUACUUUGAUUGUUGAGCCUAAGACAGACAUCUUAUCUAAGAAAGCGAGAAAAAGUUCUGAAGAUCUCAAACAAUUUGAUGAGUUGAGUGAUCAUGAGAAUGGGAUGCUGGGUUUAGAUUCACUUAAAGAAGCUGAAAUUGAAGCAGAAAAGUCAAAAAAUGUUCAACUAAAGAAGCCUGAAACUCAAAAGGAUUUGGCAAGGGAGAGUUCACCUCCUAGUACUCCAAAGUCAUUGUUAAAUAAAUCUUCUCGUUUCUUCUCUGCAUCAUUCUUUUCCUCCACUGCUGAUGGGACAGAAUUCACACUAGCGUCAGUUUCCCAGGGUCUUUUGGAGUCUGCAAGUAAACAAAUUCCUAAGCUGGUCGUAGGAGUACUGCUAUUUGGAGCUGGAGCCGCCUUCCAUGCUAAUCGGGCAGAGAGGAAUUCUCAGCUGCUGUUGCAGCCAGAUGUCGUUAUCAACACAGGUAUAGAAGAAGUUUCCACAAAUGCAAAGCCUCUGAUCCGAAAAAUACAGAAAAUACCGAAAAGACUCAAGAAACUAAUUGCAACGCUUCCUCAUCAAGAGAUGAACGAGGAGGAGGCCUCCCUCUUUGAUGUUUUGUGGUUAUUGCUUGCAAGUGUAAUUUUUGUGCCUGUCUUUCAGAAACUUCCAGGAGGCAGCCCUGUUCUUGGAUAUUUGGCUGCUGGCAUCUUGAUUGGACCUUAUGGUCUGUCCAUAAUCCGUAAUGUGCAUGAAACCAAAGCAAUUGCUGAAUUCGGAGUCGUUUUCUUGCUAUUCAAUAUUGGCCUUGAGCUAUCUGUGGAAAGGUUAAUUUCCAUGAAGAAAUAUGUUUUUGGAUUAGGCUCUGCCCAGGUCUUGGUGACAGCAGUUGCAGUUGGUAUGGUUACUUAUUUUGUUAUUGGGCAGCCUAGUUCAGCUGCGAUAGUGAUUGGCAAUGGACUGACCUUGUCUUCAACUGCUGUUGUCCUUCAGGUAUUACAGGAGCGAGGUGAGAGUACUUCGCGCCAUGGACGUGCUACAUUUUCUGUCUUACUUUUUCAGGACUUGGCCGUUGUUGUCUUGCUUAUACUCAUACCUCUUAUCUCACCAAAUUCAUCAAAAGGAGGGGUUGGUUUUAGAGCCAUUGCAGAAGCUCUUGGACUGGCUGCUGUUAAGGCAGCAGUUGCCAUCACUGCAAUUAUUGCUGGUGGAAGAUUGCUGCUUCGGCCAAUUUAUAAGCAAAUAGCAGAAAACAAAAAUGCAGAAAUAUUCUCUGCCAAUACCCUCCUUGUCAUUUUAGGGACAAGUCUCCUAACUGCUAGGGCAGGACUUUCCAUGGCUUUGGGAGCAUUUCUAGCUGGUUUGCUACUUGCAGAGACUGAAUUCUCUUUGCAAGUUGAAUCUGAUAUUGCUCCAUAUCGAGGCCUCUUAUUGGGUCUCUUUUUCAUGACGGUUGGCAUGUCCAUUGACCCGAAACUUCUUCUUUCAAAUUUUCCUGUCAUUGCGGCUACAUUGGGACUCUUAAUUGGUGGCAAGACUAUACUGGUGGCACUGAUUGGUAGGCUUUUUGGUAUUUCAAUCAUAUCUGGGAUAAGGGCCGGUCUUCUUCUUGCUCCAGGUGGAGAAUUCGCAUUCGUGGCUUUUGGUGAAGCUGUUAAUCAGGGUAUAAUGUCCUCUCAGCUAUCCUCGUUGUUCCUUGUUGUGGGGAUCUCAAUGGCCCUCACACCAUGGCUUGCAGCCGGAGGCCAGCUAAUUGCCUCUCGUUUCGAGCUUGUUGAUGUCCGAAGUUUGUUGCCAGUUGAGAGUGAGACCGAUGAUUUGCAAGAUCAUAUUAUCAUUUGUGGCUUUGGACGUGUUGGCCAGAUCAUAGCUCAGCUUCUUUCAGAACGCCUAAUUCCAUUUGUUGCUCUUGAUAUAAGGAGUGAUCGGGUGGCUACGGGGCGUGCACUGGACCUUCCCGUUUAUUUCGGAGAUUGCGGUAGUGAAGAGGUGCUUCAUAAUGUCGGUGCUGAAAGAGCAUGUGCCGCGGCAAUAACCUUGGAUUCUCCUGGUGCCAAUUAUAGAACUGUUUGGACUCUAAGCAAGUAUUUCCCUAAUGUGAAGACUUUUGUCCGCGCUCAUGAUGUUGAUCAUGGCCUUAGUUUAGAGAAGGCUGGCGCUACAGCUGUUGUGCCGGAGAGCUUGGAACCCAGUCUGCAGCUGGCAGCCGCUGUUCUUGCACAGGCUAAACUUCCUGCGUCGGAGAUUGCGGCAACAAUCAAUGAAUUUAGAUCCCGCCAUCUUGCGGAGCUAACAGAGGCUACUGGAAGUUCUCUUGGCUAUGGAUUUUCCGAGUCAUGAGUAAACCCAAAGCUCAACGGUAAGAUAUGAAACUUUUGCAACAUGAAAGAUUCUUGGUGUUGGGAAAAAAAUGUAAGGAAAAACAGUACAGAAGAGUGAGAAGGCUACAUGCCCUCCAUUGUAGCGAAUUGUAUAAAAUAUAUAGAACGAAAGGGAUAGAAGAACAGGAAUUAGCCGACUUUUGAGAUGGACUUUCAAAGUGAAUAAGCCGGGGGUUUUUUUUGACAUAAUCAUUUUGAUACUUCUUUUAA